GCCGACGAAACCGAAUUUACGGUGGACUGAAGGCAGGCAAACGCACCAAGGACACAAUGCCACAAAAGCAUAGGUCCGUUGCGUUCAGCAUAAACAACAACGAGUCUGUAUCAUGAGCGAGACAACCACUACUACAGGCACUGCCAAUGGUGCAAGCAAUCCUGAUGCACCCAAAAGACUCAGUCUGAGGAACCGACAGGAGGAGCAACGCAUACAGAGCAUCAUACUGGACUCCCUCACAACCAUUGCUGUGGCUUAUGGCUUGUACAAUUACCCAGGCUAUUUCAAUCCCUGGGGGUUGUCACUGUUCCAGUGGUUGUGCGGAGUUGUUGGGAUCAGAAGUGCCGUCUUCUUCUAUGACAAUAUGGUGUUAAUGCUACUUGUGGAAUUUGUGUGGGGUGGUGAAACCAAUCUGCUUCCAACCCGAACCACAGGCAAACCAGUUCGAUAUGUUUCCCUGGAUACCAAAUCCAUCAUCUUCUUGGUGAUUAAUGCCUUUCAUGAAUGGUUGUUUGUUUCAAGACUGGUUCACUAUCUCUGGCAUUCACCAGAUGUCCCCUUACGAUGGCAAGAGCUUGGCACUCUCAACUCUCUGGGGUCUUUGGCAGUCAUGUUUGUGGUCAUUGAUCUCAUUUAUUCUCCAUGUCAUCAUAUCCUACACCUACCCUGGUUAUAUCCACUCAUUCACAAGCAUCAUCAUCGACAACACUUUCCUUGCCGUGGCUAUUGGGAUGCGGGAAAUGAGCACCUCAUUGAGCAUAUCAUAGGUGUUUUGGCCGCCUGGGGAGCCAUCCUGGCAGCUACUCAUGGGCCCACAGGAGCUCAUGGGAUUACCAUUUUCCUAUUCUUCAAUAUUCACGCGGCACUGGCUAUGCUCAAUCAUUCACCCUACAAUGUGGAAUUUGAUAUCAUUCCCGGAAUCAUGACAUACAAAGUCGCCAAUCAUGAAAUGCAUCACCGCAAAUUUACAGUCAACUAUGCCCAGUACAAUUUGAUGUACGAUCAUUUAAUGGGAACCUAUGCCCCCUAUGAGGGACCAACUUCAGCAGCCGAAGUGGAGAAAAAGAAAGAAUCUUAACCAUGCAAGAAGACAAGCUUCUCUCAGAGUUCUCAGUGCCAUACAUGUUUGGCUGGAUUUCUAAGGUUUUUCCUUCCUUUGCCAUAAUCUCAAUCAUUUUUUAGAAAUAUCCCACCAGUGAAGUCAGGGGAAGCUUUUCGUUUUAUGGGCUGUAUGCCUUAUACUUGAUAAAUAUAUGUAGAUUCGGCAUCGACUCGUGCGGAAGAUUCCAUCUAGCCAGCACGACACGGAGAGCAACCCCUUGUGACAUUGUUCCAAGAGCCUUGCUCGGUUUGAAAUUGAGAGCAUCCCUUGUGGCAUCUUUCACCAGGAGCCUCGUUUGAUUCCCGUGGCUGCAGCUGUCAAACUGUAGGUCGCUGCGAUCGCGCCUGAGCAAGAUGAGAAGCCACUGGAGAUUCCUGACGGCACUUACGAGCCAUGAAUUGGUUGCCUGAGCGUCAACCUCGAGGACGCAGAUAGCCCGCCAUUGUAGGCCCAAGCACUCAUGCAGGACGAGAGCAUACUCAGGGACUGAAGCUCUACAUUCUUGAAGACCGGCAUGGUAGCUACCGGUAGGUCGCCUUAGAACUCGGCCUAAACUAGCAAAGAGAGCCAGCCAAACUAACUCUUGAUAUUCCAUCGUGCUACCUGUACUGGUACGGUUUCUUUAGGCUGGAGGACAUGUUCAAGAUCACUUAAAAAAAUAAUACAAUUAUGCAUGAUUCUGCUACAUGUAUGCA